CAGGGCCUCGGCUCCAGUGUGGACACCACCAUGUCUGUGCGCUUCUCUUCCGCAUCCAAGCAGCUGGACUCCCCUGGGCGGCUCUCUGGAGCUGGCACCAGUUUCGCAGCUGGAAACCCCUGUGGGGUCCCAGGCAUUGGAAGUGGCUUCUCUUGCGUAUUUGGGGGCAGCUUGUCAGCAGGAGGCUACGCGCCGGGCAUAGGAAGUGUCCCUUAUGCUGCAUUUGCUGGGACCGAGCACAUCCUCCUGGCCGGCAACGAGAAGGUGACCAUGCAGAACCUCAACGACCGUCUGGCCUCCUACCUGGACAAGGUCCGCGCCCUGGAGGAGGCCAACGCAGAGCUGGAGCAGAAGAUCAAGGGGUGGUAUGAGACAUUCGGGCCUGGCUCUUGCCGAGGUCUUGAUCACGAUUACAGCAGAUACCUGCCGAUCAUUGAUGACCUUAGGAUCCAGAUAAUUUCCGCCACUGCCAGUAACGCCAACUUGGUGCUGCAAAAUGACAACGCCAGGCUGACAGCCGAUGACUUCAGGUUGAAAUACGAAAACGAACUGGCCCUGCAUCAGAGCGUGGAUGCUGACAUCAACGGGUUACGGCGAGUCCUGGAUGAGCUGACCCUGUGCAGAACCGACUUGGAAGUCCAGCUGGAGAUGCUCACCGAGGAGCUGACCACCCUCAAGAAGAACCACGAGGAGGAAAUGAAGGCUCUGCAGUGCGCAGCCGGGGGCAACGUGAAUGUGGAGAUGAACGCAGCCCCUGGCGUGGACCUCACGGUGCUGCUGAACAACAUGCGGGCCGAGUACGAGGCGCUGGCCGAGCAGAACCGCAGGGACGCCGAGACCUGGUUCAGUGAGAAGAGCGCCUCGCUGCAACAGCAAAUCUCAGAAGACACCGGAGCCGCCGCAUCAGCCAAGAAUGAACUCACUGAGAUAAGACGCUCAGCGCUAGCCCUGCAGAUCGAACUGCAGUCCAACAUAGCCUUGAAACACUCGCUGGAGUGCUCCCUGAGCGAGACCGAGGGCAACUACUGCACGCAGCUGGCCCAGAUCCAGGCGCAGAUCGGGGCCCUGGAGGAGCAGCUGCACCAGGUCAGGACCGAGAUGGAGGGCCAGAAACUGGAGUACCAGCAGCUGCUGGACGUCAAGGUGCACCUGGAGAAGGAGAUCGAGACCUACCGCCGCCUCAUAGAUGGGGACGAGGGAUCUCACUUCAAAUCAGAGGCCCAGGGAGGACGGGAAUAUCAGCUAAAAGAUCUACCCAGACAUGUCAUUGUGAAAACGGUUGUUGAAGAAAUAGAUCUUCGUGGGAAAGCUUCACCAAUCCAGAAUUCACCCCACUGAAGAGAAACCCAGCAAAAUCAACAAGAGCGAGCAGAGAGUGCCUUCCUGAGCCGUACCCCACUGAAAAGGGGUGGCCCCGUAAACUAAGACGCCAGAUUUAGCCAGACUCCUAACUGAGGGCCUCCUAGUUCGCUACUUUUCUCCAGCGAGCUCUGAUAAGCUCUGUAGAACUGUAAUAUUUCUUGGGCUUUCUCUAUGGUGAUGUUUCAAUAAAAGUUCUGUCUGUUGCAAGUA